GUAACUCGGAAGCAGCUGCGCGCUGUAAAGCAAUAACAGCCAAUUAAUGCUUUUUUAAAAUUCCUUUGUAAAAUGUAAGCGGUAAAUCCUCGUGGACAUCACGUGACUUACUGUGCGUGGCAGUGCGCCAUACGCGUUGUUUUACGUCGAGUCAGGAAUACCUGUGGUUGUGGAAAAUGACACAAUCGAGCAAAGAAUCCGAAAAAGGGAGGCAACGUUUUGAUAUUAAUUGAAAACGCUAUGAAAGGAAGAUGACAAAGUCCAAAGGGAAUCACUUUUCACAGGUCAGUCAAAAGCCUUAAUUAAAAAACUAUGUGAAGGAAGUGGGGAGCAGGUUAGUUAUGCGAGCUUAACUUUCAUCAUGUAUCCUAGUCCUGCUACGCAGUUCUGAGUAUUUCGGUUCAAUUAACACAAAAAUAAGGCGACACAUAGAUUUUCUGACAGAUAAUCAGGAGUGGAGGCGUUUAUGGUCUGGUGUUUCAGGACGCAGACCCUGAAUUCAGACACAGCUAUAAUAGUCACCCGUUUUUAGACAUUUGGUCGGAGAAAUGUCAUUUGGUCGGAGAACGUGGCAAUAUUCAGAUCAGUCAUCAAAUAGGAUGAAAUAUUUCAUAAAGCAUAAAGAGCCAAAGUUCGUCAAAUUUUAAAUCAUGGCUCCUGCAGCGACAAUUAAGUAACAUUUAAUUAUUGGCCAUUGUAAAAGAGAAAUUAGCUUUGUUCUCUCUUGUAUCUUUGCAGAACUGACAGAAACCAAACUAUUUACAGAUUUAUUUUCAGAAAGAAUAUAUAUUUUUACAUAUCCAAACAUCAGAAUCUCAGCUUUAAGCCACAUUUUAUAGAAUCCAGAAACAUCGAUGGUCUCUCUACUCACGAAAUGCCCCAACCAGACCCAAAAAAGGUUUUGCGUCUUUAAUAUUUGUUAUAUUUAAGACACAUCAUAUCUCAUCUGCUAUGUGUAAUUCAGCAGGACAAAGGUUUUGCCAACCAACUGAGGAACAGCUGUGGAGUCAGAAUCACAUCAUUGAAAAAUACAAAGUUUGAUUCAUUUGGUUUACACAUAAGUUCCUUAUUCUGCUUUUGAAAUGUUUAAUAACAUUUUGAUUGUAACAGAAUCUCAUGUUGUUGAUGUUUUUAGCACUUGAUAAAAAAUCAGGCAAUAAAAGGCAACUGUGUGAUAAUUCUUCACAAAAACUAUUACUGAAUUAUGAAACUGUUUAAAAUUGUAGGUAAGCAUUGAGCAAAUACUUAUUCCCAAAUUAGAACAUGACUGAAAAGUUCCUUUGUUAAUUCCAUCACCAAGUGAAAUACAUCAUAUAGAUUAAAUAGAUUCCUCCCGUUUUAACAUAUUUAUAUUUCAAAGUGGGUUUAAUACCUGCUAAAAGGUUAUUUUCUAAAUUAAUCUGACAGGCCUGAUCAGGACGUAUACCCUAAUUUAUUGAAUAAGACUGUAUUCACAUGUAAGUUUUGGCUUUAUUCUUGGCACUAAGAAAGAAAAGAGCUUCCAGUAACUGAUGGAGCGUCAGCAGGCCUGGCACCACCUCGUCCUCACCAACUAAAACACAAAGUUACACCCUCGGUUGAACCAGUCGUUUAUAAAUGCUUGUUUUUACUCAGCCGGUUCUCUUCCUUCCAGAGACGCCCCUCCCUGUUUUUACUUUAGGCAUUUCUGCGUCGUCCCAACUGUUGCGCGGCAGCACCGGGGAGGUUUGCUGCCUCCAACAGGUGGAAGUGGCCGCAUGUUGGGUCUUUUCAAAGCGGCUGGCCCCUCUGUAACACCCACGUGUGCCUGGUGGCGGAGGCACUUUGUCUGCAAUUACGUGGCAGUGGAGACGACAUGAGACAGCGGCAUGCUUCCCUCUGGGGUCACCACUUUCCCAUAUCAACACAAGCGCCGGGUCACUCUCCCAGCUCCCCCCAUACCCCCACCCCGGGGCUCUUUCUCUCGCGGUCCAUUUCUCCACCUGCUCCCCAGAGGCACACUCAUUGUCCCCACGGCUAUAAACACUUCAUUGAGCUUGUGGCAGCCCUGCGCUCCCUCAAGCCCUUCCCAGCGCUCCCAUUGGCUCCGGGGACUGUGAGAAACUCCGACAGGACUCAGACUCACACAUUCAUAUGGAGAUGUGUGUGUAUAAAUACGGGACAGGAGUGGCGGAGACGGGGCAGCACAAGACUCGACCCGGCUCUUCACGCUGAGCUGAAAGCGCUCCUCUUACUCUGCAGCGAUGGCGCCCACUGCUUACGGCCAAGCCAGCAAGGAGCACCUGACUCCCGCUCACAAGCUGAGAAAGCCGAUGGUGGAGAAAUUACGCAGAGACCGCAUCAACACCAGCAUCGAGCAGCUGAAAUCCCUGCUGGGUCCCGAGUUUCUCCGGCAGCAGCCGGACUCAAAGCAGGAGAAGGCCGACAUCUUGGAGAUGGCCGUGUCGUACCUGAGGAGCUGGCAGCAGCAGCAGCACCUGACCUCCGGCCCCAUGACGGCCAGGGACGGCUACUCCCGCUGCGUCCAGGAGGCCGUCGGCUUCCUGUCCCGCAGCGAGAUCCAGACUCAGGCUCACCGGCUGCUCCUCGGCCACUUCCAGGGCCUGCAGGCGUCCGGCAGGAACGGCCUCAGCAGCCCCUCUCCACCAGGCUCUCCCCUCCAUCGGGUCAGCUCCAACAAGGAGCUGGGCCCGACCGGCGGCUCUCUGUGGAGACCCUGGUGAAACCUCCCAACAGAGAGAGAGAGAUCACUACGUCUGUGAACGUCAUGGACAGAAAAGUAAAAGACUCCCCUGGAGUCUAACUUCCUUCAACCUUGGGCACAAGUUUAACUGUGUAGUGAAACUGUGCUGGUGUUCCCAUGGAAGGACUGAAAACAGUCGGGUUGUACUGAAUAUCCACACCAUGUGUGUUCGUUCCUUCAAAAGACUUACUCUGUGAUUAGUUGCUUCUCUGUUCCUGAGUGGAACGUUAAUGGAAAGCCAUUGCUGUGCCGUUUGAACCAUGUUGGUUUUAUUUUCUUUAAGUGUCUGAGACAUUUGCCGGAACAAUCUGUGUAUCGAUACUGAGUACCAGCGAUUUAUAUGUUUCAUCAUUUGCAGUUGAUGAAGUUUUAUCGAGCCAGUGGAUCCAUGUUUACUGUAAUCCUGUUGGGAUUGUAAAACGUGUAUUUGUAACCAUUGUUUGGCUUUUAUUUGAGUGAGUGUAACUGGAAGUUCUGUUUCCUGUCUGUUUAUGACGUCCAUAAUAGAUGUUUCACAUCUUCUACUUGAUGCCUUUUACAAAGGUAUUUUAUUCUCGCUUCAGACUUUACUGAAACAGUCUCUCAUGUUGCUUCUGUGAGAAGUUUGCAUUUGAAAAUGUGAAAUAAAUCAACUUCUGAUGAAGUUUU